GUUGUUGUUUUUUUUUUUUUUUUAAUUGUUAACUUGCCUGACAAAAAAAAAAAAAAAAAAAAAAAAAAACCAAGUCAAAAGGCAGCAGAGACUCAUCAGGGACCAGCAAAGGAUAAGAUGGACAACGGGGACGAAGCCGAGGUGACCGUCAGACGGAGCAGCUCAGAACAGAGAAAGUUGCGCUCCCGCGACGCGGCUCGCUGCAGGCGGGGUAAAGAGACGGAACUGUUCUACGACCUGGCUCGGACCCUGCCCCUGCCCAGACGCGUUUCCACGCACUUGGACAAGGCCGCCGUCGUCAGGGUCGCCCUCAGCUUUCUGCGCAUGCGCCGCCUGCUGCAUCCCGGAGCUGAGAUUCCAAAUGCUGAGGAGGAUUGUGAGGAUGAGGACCCAGCGGAGCUCCUGUACACGCAGGCGCUUUCGGGCUUUAUCGUGGUGAUUACGGCGGAGGGAGACAUGAUCUACUUGACCGAAAACGUCAGCAAGCACGUCGGCAUCCCGCAGUUGGAACUUCUGGGUCAGAGUGUGUACGAAUUUGUUCAUCCAUGCGACCAGGAGGAGCUUCGGGACAUUCUUCUCCACCCAGUGUGCAGUAAAAAAGUCAGCCCGAGUCAGACGAACUUCUUCCUGCGAAUGAAAUGCACAUUAACCAACAGGGGGCGCACUGUUAACAUCAAGUCUGCCAGCUGGAAGGUGUUCCACUGCACGGGGCACGUGCGGGCGCCCCCCCUGGACGCGGCGAUGACGCUGCUGUGCCAGCCCGUCCCCCACCCGUCCAGCGUGGACUUCCCCCUGGGCACGCGCACCUUCCUCAGCCGCCACAGCAUGGACAUGCGCUUCACUCGCUGCGAGGGCAGGUUGCCUGAGCUGGUGGGAUACGAAGCGGGCGAUCUGAUCGGCCGCUCGGCGUUCGAGUUCCAUCACGCGCUGGACUCGGUUCACGUCAGCAAGAGCCUGCACACGCUGUUAGCCAAAGGGCAGGUGAGCACCAGCCCUUAUCGCUUCCUAGCGAGCGGCGGCGGCUUCGUUUGGACCGAGACGCAAGCCACCGUCCUCUACAACGACAAGACGUCACGGGCCGAGGCCGUCGUCUGCCUCAACUUUGUGCUCAGCGCCGUGGAGGAGUCGGACGUGGUUUUCUCCUCAGAGCAGAUUUGGGCGGGUCGUUCCCUCGAAAGUGAUCAGUUCAAAUCCGAGAGCCUCGACGAAGACGUACAGAUGGAAGAAAGUCCCAGCGGGGGCGGCGAGCCGGAGACGCUUCUCGGACCCGCGGAUGGCGACGGUCCGCUGGGGGGAGACUUGUUGGCUUUGUCCUUCGCCACGCCGCGCGGCCCGAGCGGCGUCCCCGAGGACCCGCAGGAUCUUUGCACCCCGCAGCUGCGCCAGCUCCUUUUCCCCAUCUUUAACUCCGACACGCCGCCGUCCUCUUCAUCCUCGCCGGAUCCCGAGACGGCGCCGAGUCCGAACGGCGCCGACGCUGUGCUGGACACCAGUGAGGUGGAGAAGUUCUUUGCUUUUUGGCCAGAAGAUGGCGACAACACGCAGGUGAUGGACGGCGCCGAUCUGGACACGUUGGCCCCGUACAUCUCCAUGGACGACGACUUCCAGCUCAGCUUCUUCGACGCCGUCUCGGACGACGAUCGCGCCGACGAGCUCACUGCCGUAAACAGGAAACGGGCUCGCGACCCGCACGACGACUGCGCGACGGCCGACAAGCGUCCCAAGCGCGACGAUUGCGGCCCCCCCGGCCCCUCCCUGGAGGAGCGGCUGCCGCCGUGCCGCACGUUCCCGGCUCGUCUGGAGGAGAGCCAAUCGGGAGGGGCGCCGGACACCGAGGGGCGGAGUCAUCUUCUCACAGACGGGGAUCCCGUUUUGGGGGCCUCGAGAGGACUCUCUGAUGCAGAAUCACUGAUGUUGGACAUCUUCAAAUCUCAGCCGCCUCCCGAUUUGUGUCCGAUGUCGUGACCGAGCCAUCGUCGUCGCCUGUCUGUCGCUCGUCUUCAUCGUGGCUCGACGGCGGCCACGUCCCAACCUCCGAAAAUGUGUCCACGCACUCCCUUGAUGCUUUGCUGCUCUGACGCACAAAAAAAAAAAAAAAAAAAGGCCCUUCGGUGACGUAUUUUUUCAACACUUAAUUCCAAUCAUUUGUACAUUUAUGAAGUCCUUAGUGUGCCAUCACCUAUUAAUUCAUAUCUUUUAUCUUGCAUGUGGCGGAUAGGUGCUUAAAAGAUGAUGCUAAUGGUCCUUAUAUGCUCAUUAUUAAAAAAAUAAUAGUAAUCCAAGUGUACUGUACUAUCAGCAAACUGAGUAGCAAGCUUUGCAUCCGCUCUGUUUUUUAUUUUCUUUUUUUUUUUUUUUAGAGCUGUAGUACUGAAAGGAAUAAACUGAUAUUUUUUUUAUUGGUGCGGCAUUUUUUUUAGAAUGGUUUUUAAUCUGUGCAUGAAUUUAUGAACAGAGUUGAUGCUGUAAAACAUUUUUUAGGUGAAAUAAAAAUGUUUGGAAUGUGCAAGCGUGUCCUGAUCG